UGUCUUGUGGAACGAACGUGAUGUCUUUAGAACGUGUACAUGGCGUGGUGCAACUGUGUGUGAUCUCUAAAGAACAAGAAAUGGCUUGCUAGUCCUUUAGACAAAGAGGAAGUCAAAAAUGGGUGUUAUUGGCACAAAUAAAAUGCAAAAAGGCGACGUUCUAAUGAAUUUUGAGCUCCAAGAUGAUGACCUUGAGGAGAUUGCUAAAAUCAGAAAACUCGGCAACGUCACAGCUGAUAAGCUGACCUUUACACUCCUCUUAGGUGGAGCUCUGGUAGAUGCUUUCAUUGCUGGAUAUUUGCCCCAGUACUUCUACUAUUGGCAUACACUGAAAUACCUCGUUUUGAUGCCCAUCCGCUGGUUUCAUUACAAACAGAAAAGACAUCAUUACUUCCUUCUUGACUUUUGCUACUACACUAACACCUUGCUCCUCAUUUAUUUUUGGUCUCCCUGGCAACCCAAUUGGCUCUUCCCAACAGUGUUUGUGUUCUCUCAUGGUCCUUUGCUAUUUGCGACUGUUAUAUGGAGGAACUCAAUAGUACCUCACUCUCUUGAUAGAAUGACAUCAGUAUUCAUACACUUAUCACCUGCCUUAACCACUUGGGGUACAAGAUGGUAUUCAAGUGUUAAGCAGGAGUUCUCACUCUGUGCUCAGCCAACAGAGCCAGGUCCAAAUGGCUGCAAUCACAUUGGAUUGAGGGAACUUGUAACAGGUCCGCUUGUCUUUUAUUUAGUGUGGAUGCUACUCUACAUUCUCGUGGUGCAAGUGUGGAGGAAAGAGAGAGUAAGGAAGAGGAGCUAUGCUACUAGUGUUACUUGGAUGACAGAGAGCACUAAGAAAGGCUUUCUGUACCAUUUGUUCAGCAUUUGUGGAAAAAGAUAUUUAAAAAUCUUUUACUUUGCAUGGCUCACUGUUUAUACAUGGGUGGGCUUAUUAUCUGCUUUUCUCUCCUACCAUUGGAUGGAGUUUGGAACGAUCAUAAUGGCUUUUAUAGUUCUCAUUGUAUGCUAUAAUGGAGCAAGUUUCUAUCUGAAAGUCAAACAACAUAGUGAUUAUAAGGGGAAACUGAGCAAUGACAAUAACAUCAAGGAAAAAGGAUAACAAUUUUAAUCAACCUGAAAAUAAUAUUUACAAUAAUAAUAAAUUAUUUAUUUUAUGUAGC